AUGCCAUGCAUAAUGCAUACCCUAUAAAUACCCAAUUCGAUCAUCUUAAUUAGUUCUGUACCUCAUUAUAUACACAUACAACAAAUAGAGACCAGAUUAAGAUGACAAUUAGGACAAAAUCCCUCUUUUUCACCAUCCUAGGCCUAGCAUUUGUAGCCCAAAUUGCAAUAGCUCAAAACUGCGGGUGUGCCGCCAACCUGUGUUGCAGCGAAUUUGGUUAUUGCGGCACCAGCAAGGCCUACUGCGGCAAGGGUUGUCAAGCAGGACCUUGUACUACCACCACGCCUACACCAACUACUAACGGUGACUCGGUGGCGAACAUUGUGACCACUAAAUUCUUUAAUGGGAUUAUUAACCAGGCUGCCGCUAACUGUGCCGGGAAGAGCUUCUACACCAGACAGGCUUUUCUCAAUGCCCUCGGCUCUUACCGCAAUUUUGGUACCAGCGGUUCCGCUGAAAAGAAUAAGCAGGAGAUUGCAGCUUUCUUUGCUCAGGUCACUCAUGAGACUGGCCAUUUUUGCUACAUAGAAGAGAUAAAUCGCGGAACCUACUGCAAGAGAAGUACAGACUACCCAUGCAACCCUCAAAAGAAGUACUAUGGGCGAGGACCACUCCAACUCACCUGGAACUACAAUUACGGAGCUGCCGGAAAAGCUAUUGGCUUUGACGGCUUAAACUCCCCUGAAAAGGUGGCUUCAGACCCUGUGGUGGCGUUCAAGGCGAGCUUAUGGUUUUGGAUGAACAAUGUUCACUCUGUUCUAAGCCAAGGAUUUGGAGCCACAACUCGAGCCAUCAACAGUGGGGAAUGUGGUGGCGGAGCCCCAAAUAAAGUUCAAGCUCGCAUCAACUAUUACAAGCAGUAUUGCACCCAACUUAAUGUUUCUCCGGGUGACAAUCUCUAUUGCUAAACAUGUUAACUAAUUGGUAUUGGAAUAAAUUAAUAAAAGUGCAGCUAGCCUAAAAGAUAUUACAUGAA